CUUUGUCAUAUUUUCACGACAGUUUUAAAAAAUGAGCCACAGAUAAAUGCUUGUCUAAUCACGCCAAUGUGCCGCCAGGCAUUUAUCAACCGACUAAAGGAUUGUACUCUAGGCUAUAUAUGUGACGCCCACAUCUGUUGCGCGCCUGAAACGACAACGAGAGCUUGAAAGCGGAAUGAGAAAAUCAAUACACAGCUAUAUGCAACAUACUUCUCUUCAUGCUACGUGUUAAUACACAACCUUUAACCUCCGGGUUUUAGCUAGUCCAGUCUGUCAUGACUCUGUCACGGGACCUAGUCACACAACGCACCCUGUCGUGAGGAUGGAAACAGGUGAUAACACUGCCCCUGUUGAUAAUGGACGAAAAGGGAGUGAGACAGGGCGGAGUGCUAACCCCAGGUUUGUUUAUGUAUUAUCAAUAUUCGCGACGCUCGGCGGCUUUCUGUUCGGCUACGACACAGGGAUCGUUUCCGGGUCUAUGCUCUUAAUUAGGCCAUAUUUCAAGCUAGAUACAAUAUGGACGGAGGUGAUAGUAAGUGGGACGGUUGCUUCGGCGGCCGUCUUUUCCGUGUGCGGUGGAUACCUGGCAGAUUAUGUUGGGAGAAGGAGAACUAUCAUGGCGGCUAGUGUGGUGUUCACUAUCGGCGCUGUGGUCAUGGGUGCCGCUCCAGACAAGGAGGUUCUGCUGGUUGGGAGAAUCAUCAUAGGAAUCGGCAUAGGGUUUGCUUCGGUGACAGUCCCCGUGUACGUGGCGGAAGUGGCGCCUAGCAACAUCCGGGGAACGCUGGUGACCUUGAACCAGCUCUUCAUAACCAUCGGCAUCCUCGUCUCCUCCAUCAUCGCCGGUGCCUUGAGCGACCUCCCAGACACAGGAUGGAGGUACAUGCUGGGUCUUGCUGCUGUCCCCGGUAUUGUGCAGUUUGUGGGAUUCCUCUUCCUCCCGGAGAGCCCACGCUGGAUGAUUGAUUCAGGGCACGUGGAAAAGGCUCGAAAGAUUCUGGUGCAGGUUCGCGGAACGCCAGAUGUCGAGGAAGAAAUGACGGCCAUUAAACAGAAACUGGAGGAGUCCAAGAAAACCUCUUCAAUCAAUGACGGGUUUAUACUGACCCGGGUGCUGACAACCUCUCACGUCAGGCGGAGUUUGUUUGUUGGUGCCGGCCUCCAGUUCUUCCAACAAGUCUGCGGCAUCAACACUGUUAUCUACUACAGUGCGACUAUCAUGAGGAUGGCCGGCAUCUCCGUGCAGCACGCUAUCUGGCUGGUUGUGGCACCCAACGCAGUUAACUUCCUGGCCUCAUUCAUCGGCAUGUACCUGGUGGACAGGCUGGGCAGGAAGGUGUUGCUCCUCUGUAGCUUCGUGGGUGUGUUCUUCUCCCUUGGUGUCCUGGCUACCGGCUUUCAGCUUUCCUCCAUUAAUGCCCCACCAAUCAACGUCACGGAGACAUUCAACAAUGAGACCUAUACCGGUGCUUGUAACAAACUGUACAGCAACUGCGAUGAGUGCACCACCAACACCGACUGCGGCUUCUGCUACGACGUCACCACAGAUGGGUCAUGUCUCCCUGUAGAUACUAACGACGAAGGUCGCUCAUUGGUUGGCCGCUGUAAUGCCAGUGACGAACCAGGGUCCGCCUUCAUGUUCGCCUACGGGUAUUGUCCAAACAACUACUCAUGGAUGCCUGUUCUCGGGAUGGUGCUGUUUGUGUUCUCAUUUGCACCAGGUCUUGGCCCAAUACCGUGGACCGUAAACUCGGAGAUUUAUCCCCUGUGGGCACGUGGCACGUGCACGGCCCUAGCAGGUGCAACAAACUGGACAUUCAACCUGCUCAUCUCCCUCACGUUCUUGACCCUUACAGAGACCAUUACCAAAUAUGGAACCUUCUGGCUGUAUGCUGGCAUGUGCGUGGUCGGGUUUGUCUUCGUUUUAAUAUUCCUCCCAGAGACUAAGGACAAAAGUCUUGAAGAAGUGGAACAGUUAUUUAUGACUUCCGGAUCACGUGAGGAGAAGAUUCACUUCCUGCACGCAGACGCACUGAGCAAGCAAUACACUCCCGGCACGGCAGAUACAGAAACCACGUUAGGUUCGGAUGCUUGACAAAACUAGUUCUAUUGUUGUUGCAUGUUACUUUUACCGCUGAACCCAUCAUUAUCAAUGUCUGUGAUAAGCAAAGUUAUGACCACAUAUUUUUAUAGAUAUCAAUAGUUAUAUCUAUAUUUAUAUAUCAUAUUAUAUAUAAUAUGUAUACACGUAUGGUUGUUGCAAUUCUGACACGCAGAGAAACGUUGUUGAUUGGAAUCAAUGUGGAAUUGUUUUGUUCCGACUGCAGUCAUGUGUAUCACAACCAGGGCAUCGAGACCUGUGAAGAUCAGGGGUAAAACAGGUCUUCAGCAACCAAUGCUUGUCGUAAAAGGCGACUAUGCUUGUCGUAAGAGGCGACUAACGGGAUCGGGUGGU